AAACUAAAAAAUAAUAGCGAUAAAGUAAGCCCUGGUAGGUGAAAGUGUCACAUUGGUAUCACUAUAGUGUGUGUGUGUAUGUUUGAAAACUACUGCCAGUGCUAAACGCAAGGAAGGAACACUGCCAUAGCCGGCGACGAGCUGUCAUUGCUAUCCACCCGGAAGCGACAACAAAUUCGAAACACGCAGCUAGCAAGAGCGGUUCGGUGGCCAUUGCAAAAAAAAACGCCGAGCAGAACGACAACGGAGCAGCAAAAGAGGCAAACACUCAACGCAAAGUCACACCGACGUACCUGGCACAGUGUGUGGAAGAGAACAGACACCACAGUUAACACAAGAGGCUAAACACUAGACAUGUCUGCACCGGUCAUUGUCGAGGCCACGGCCAAGCAAACUGCCACGUUGAUUUUCAUGCACGGACUGGGGGAUACUGGACACGGCUGGAGCAGUGCAUUGGCCGCCAUCCGACCCCCUUUCAUGAAGGUCAUCUGCCCGACAGCCCCAACACAGCCGGUGUCGCUCAAUGCUGGCUUCCGCAUGCCCUCCUGGUUCGACCUGAAGACGCUGGACAUUUCCGGGCCUGAGGAUGAGCCCGGCAUACAGGCGGCGCGCGACAAUGUGCACGGCAUGAUCCAGAAGGAGAUUAGCGCUGGCAUUCCGGCCAAUCGCAUCGUCUUGGGAGGAUUUUCGCAGGGCGGAGCCCUAGCUCUCUAUUCGGCGCUGACGUAUGACCAGCCGCUGGCAGGUGUUGUGGCACUUUCGUGCUGGCUGCCGCUGCACAAGAAAUUCCCUGCAGCCAAGGUGAACAGUGAGGAUGUGCCGAUUUUCCAAGCGCACGGUGACUACGACCCGGUGGUGCCCUACAAGUUUGGCCAGCUAAGCGCCAGUCUACUCAAGUCGUUCAUGAAGAACGUGACCUUCAAGACCUACAGUGGACUCUCGCACUCGUCGUCCGAUGACGAGAUGGAAGACGUGAAGAACUUCAUUACGCUCACUCUGCUCUUCUCCGUUGCAGGACAUAAUCAGUAAAUGGGUAAACUAAUUUCCAAAUGCACUUAGACCGUACGACCCCUGAACCCGCCCGUUGCAUUCCACUUGCGUAGCAGCAACAAAAUCCAAAAGCAAAACAAAAGAAGAAAGAAAAUACACCACGCAGCUGAACAUAAUUAAAGACUUAGUGAAACAAACCAAACCGCAGUAAGCGAGUCCCCACAGAGAGAACGAACCACGUUCGAGUUAUAGUUCGCACGGUUGUAGAGUUUAGAGCCCGGUUAUGGAAAUUAGCACUAAAAUCAAUUCGAAAAGCAAUCAAUCAAUCAAUACACACUACAAGUACACCACUACACGCGUAGCUAUACUUAAUGAGAGAAACGAAAUGCCAAACAAUAUAUAUUGUGUCGAACAAGCAAUUGCCCACGCCUCUGGAUGGGCUCUGGCACUGCUGAGCAGACAGUUCAAUUACUCCUGAUAUUCUUUGGCUGCGAAAUUCGAUCGGUUUAAUUAUUCUGGGAUACAUGUGCGUACUUUAAUUGAAACUAAUAAAGCUAUAUAAUCCACUAAAAA